AUGGGUGCAUACUACGACGAGGUGGAGAUUGAGGACAUGGUCUGGGAUGAGGAGAAGCGGGUUUACCACUAUCCAUGUCCCUGCGGAGACCGCUUCGAGAUUUCACGGAAGCAACUCGCAAACUACGAAGACAUUGCCACCUGUCCGAGUUGCAGUCUUGUCAUCCGAGUGAUCUAUGAUCCUCUCGAUUAUGAGGACGAGCCCUUGGAUGAAGACGAUGAGGGCGAGGCUGCAAGCGAUGAUUCCGAUGAGAGCGAUGACAGUGACGAGGAGCACUUUGAAGACGCCUUUGACAGUCUCAAUAUCGCUGACGAGCAGCCGUCUGCUGUCGCCGUCGCCGCAUGA